UGUGUGUGUGACUAUGUCGUGCCUUUCCGUCGCUAUUCGUAAUGUGCGAGAGUGAAACAGAAAUAUCUCACAUCGUUAUUCAAUGACCGACUCGCGUUCAGUAGUAUCAUCUAUCUUUGUCACACAGGCAGCGAUUUGCACGAACGACUCGUUGAGUAGCCACGCGUGCUCGUUGUUGCACAUCGACAUCAACCGCUUUCAGUGCUACAGCGCGUUCCUCCGCGCUACAACUACAUAACCUAAAAGUUACAAUCUUGAUUAUUUUUAGUAUUGUCAUUGUAAUUACCAUUAAACACUCAUGAUUAUCUCGACUUAGUAAGUUAGUGCUGUGAAAGUUAAAACGCCCAAACAAGGGGCGUACGUGGAGUGUAUUUUUGUGCAACACAAAGUAAAUACAAACGGCAAGCUGUGGGGAUCAGGGGCCUUUUUUUUGCCGCCGCAGGGGAUGUAUUAUCCUGUGAGUAACGGCAAUGUCAUCGAUACAGGAACACCAACCCUACUGCACAUGGUGGGGACGGGCAUGGCGGCCCCGUUUCCCGCGGCGGCGGCGGCGGCGGCGGCGGCCGCGCAGUUCGCGGCCAACGGAGACCUGGCGGGCGUGAAGGCGGAGGCCGGCGGGCCCGCGGCGCCCCCGCAGCCUCCGCUCGUCAAGAGCGAGGGCCCGCCGCCACCGGCGCCCUUACCGCCAGCAGCAUUCUCACCACAACCACCUCCACAACCCCACCAGCCAAAUUCAAUAGAUCAAAAUACUAGUUCGCAAAGCGAGGGAGAGUCGAAUGAGGAAAAUACACCCGUGAGCGUGUCAGCGGCCGUAGCCGCGCAACAGGCCGCCGCGGUGGUCGCACAGCAAGCCGCGGCCGCGCACGCAGCCGCCGCCGCCGUCAGCGCUGCCGUCGCCGCCGGCGCCAACGCCGCCGCCGCCGCCACGCCGGACAAAACACUCGUCCCUGUCUCACAAGCCUCACAACCGAAGCGAUUGCACGUCUCCAACAUCCCCUUCCGAUUUAGAGACCCCGAUCUCAGAAACAUGUUUGGGCAAUAUGGCACGAUACUUGAUGUAGAAAUAAUCUUCAAUGAAAGAGGCUCAAAGGGAUUCGGUUUUGUAACAUUCGCAAAUAGUGGUGAUGCGGAGCGAGCACGAGAGCGUCUUCACGGCACCGUGGUUGAGGGCAGAAAGAUAGAGGUUAAUAAUGCUACAGCGAGAGUGCAGACAAAGAAACCACCAACUGUACCCAACGUGUGCGUCCCAUGGCCUGAAGGGCUGCGGGUGUCCGGCGUGACGUGGCCCUGGCUCGGCGCGGCGCCGGCGGCCGCGCCCGCGCCGCCGCUCGUGCUGGCGCCGCGCGCCGCCCAGCGACGCAGUGUAUAUUACGACCCAUUCUUAGCAGCGGCUGCAACAGCUGACUCCAACUACAGACUUCAGGCCGCGAAGCCGGCAGCAGAGGCCGCAGCGGCAGCGGCAGCGGCGGCGGCGCCCCUGCUGAAGUCGCCGCUGACGACGGCGCAGCACGCGGCGGCCGCGGCGGCGGCGGCCAACUACGGCGCCGCCGCGCGCGCAGCCGCCGCCGCCGUCAGCGCCGCGCCCGCUCCCACCGCGCUCGCGCCUCUAGCGACGUAUGGCAGAGAAUACGCAGACCCAUACCUAGGGCACAGCAUCGGCCCAGUCACGGGAUAUGGGACUGCAGUCUACAGAAGCGGUUACAACAGAUUUGCGCCAUAUUAAGCCAGUGGAACAAAGUUAACAUUUUACUCGAAUAUGAAACUACCUUCACCUCUAACCUAACAUGACAAUGAACUCUCUUUGUAAACGUACAAACAUAAUUCAUAAUUAAGGUAACAGUAAUAGUGCUAGCCGAUUACUGUGUAAGUAAGCUUGGUAGCAUAGAACUAACAGCCGACCGCCGCGGCCGGCGUCGGGAGAACUUAUGAAUACCAAAGUCAUUAAAAUUUCUAACGGAAAUAGUUUAUUAAGUUAAACUGUAUUGUAAAUUAUUUGUAUACCUAAUGCUAUACAAGUGCGAGCAGCUAAAGUAAGUGCUUUCGUUCUAUUUAGAUAUUUGUAAGAGUUACUAUUUUACUAAUAACACAUGAGUGAAUGUGAAUAUCUACAUAAUAGUGUAUGGUAUUUUCUAGUGUAGAUGUUAACCUUCUAAUUGACAAUAGAAAUUUCAUGUAAACGAUAUUUAGUGAGCUUUGCACUUGCAUAUCAUAGAGAAAAUUGUAAAUAAUAUAAAUCCAGAACACGUUUUUACUGUUUUAAACGUUAAUAAAAUCACUUUAAAAUCGUUUCCAAUCGCUCGCGUAUUGCGAGGUCGAUACAGGAAUGUAAUUCUCAAUUAUGUUUGAUGAGACUCGUUUACAAUCGCCCGCGGUUUGAACCUGAGCUCCACUAGAUAGCUUCCAAUCAACCCACUAGAAUAUUAAUUCGUACCGGCCACUAUUAGGUAUUUAUAAUGCGGAUUCACGUACUCUCGCAUUCGCCGGGAGACAAUAGAAUUAACAACUCAAGAAGUACACUUCCAGAAUGUGAAUGUUUAUAUUUAUAAUCAUUACAUUUUAUAUGGUGCGAUUUUUAUACGGUGCCAUUUAUUUGGUUGUUGUUUUACAAAUAUAUUUUUUCAAAAGUUACCUUCUAACCUAUACAUAAUAUUAUACUGAAUGAGUAAUUUUAAAUAGUUGUAGGAUUGUUCUGCGUACCUUGUAGUACGGCGCCUCCGGCCGCCUCUCCCGGUUGUGGAGCGCCAAAGUUCAUUCGUGUUCCCGAAAUAGUCCUUAUUUCAGCACUUGCUCUGUACAUACAACUCGCUUCAAGCCGGCGUAGGUAAUCUCAAGAUGUUUACUUUUCAGUUGAACCUAUUACCUGUAAAUCGAAAGCGCUAAUUAAUAAUUAUUAAUAUUUUACUGAAAAGUAGGCGUAACGCUUUAGACGUAGAUGUAAGAGAGAAGGGAACUCCCUCGAGUUCUCACAUAUCAUUGAGAUUUCUCCUUGUACUUUUGUUUUUGUUGUUUUCCCAACAGUGUAAUUUUACAGUGCUAUUUUAAUACUUUUUAACCGAUGUAUUUUCGUUUUACGGAACAAACACGCGUACGGGUCCAACCCUUUAGACGUCGUAAUGUUUAGAUCUAUAAUAACAUUUGCAUUAGUGUUGUAAAGUAUUGUAACAUUGAAUUCGCUCAACGUUUAUACCAAAGCACAAAACCCAUCGAUUCGUACGUAUCCGGAGCGUUUGCAUGUCACUAACCACUUCUCAGUAGAUUUCAUAGUCUUUCAAAUAGAAAAACUUUAAAAAUCUAUGAGUCACAUAGAUGAUUCGGAACGAACAAUUAAUAUUCUUAAGUUAUAUUACUGUAGUUUACUAAGUAAUUUUCUCUAUGGACAUAUCUGUUUGCCAUCUAGAGUAGUCGUCGUAUCUUUAUCGAACAAAAUGAUUUUAGAUCUGAUAAAGUUUAUUUGCUGUUACGGAUGUGUCGUUCAAUAUGUAGUUCAUUUGUAGAGAGUGUAUCCUCGGAAUGAGAGUGUGGCACUUUUAUUUUUAAAAGUCUUCAGUUAGUUCAAGAUAGGAAACAGGCACACGAACGCUACUAACAUAUCAAGUAACAAGUGAAGGCAUGUUGAGGCCUCCGAAGUGACCCGCGCGAGUGCCCGCGGUUUUAGCUUUAACUCGCACGUGCGCGGGCGCCGCGCCCGCCGCCUCAAGUAGCAGUCCCAUGACAUUUUUGGUCUUGCAGAUAUUCUAGUCUUUACGCACAAACUACAUAGUAAAGGUGCUUAUUCGUAAAGAAUUCAUGUGAUAUUUACGGAAUAAGUUCCGUAUAUCUGAUCUUGAUUUAAACGUAUGCUCUUUCUUUUAUUAGUAUCUUAUUUGUUAAGAUCUUCGUGUCAUAUUUUUUUCUGUACGCUGAAGUUAUACAGCUUCACUCAUUUUUAGUGCCACUGGCUUUGUAUUGUGUAAGUUGUAGUUAUUACCUUAUUUAGACGUAACUGUAGCCAGUCAAGUUGCAGCUUCGAUCAACAUUUUGUGCUUUACUGCUGAAUACUCAUGCGUGAAUGUGUAAUUUUAAGAAACCUAUAGUUUUUUAAGUGAUCUGUUUAAGUUUUUUAAUGCAAGUUUUGUAUCUAAGUACAUUUAAAAGUACAUGUGAUUCUAUUGAUGGUUUUAUGUAUUAGUUUUAUUAAUAUUUUUCUGGUGGUAACUGAUGUCACAAAUACUUACAGUAAUAAUGAUUGUCGAAUAAGUUUGCACAAGUAAGCUAAGCGUGUUUUUGACUAGCGGCCACAAUGGAAUCAUUAAGUGAUUGUAAUUCGAUUAUUUGUUUUAAGAGCUAACCGUACCCUGCGUCUUAAACUCGCCGCAAACUUGAUUGCUAGUGCUAUGAUAAUAAUCAUUCUUUUAUUAUGUUAAACCAUUUUAGCCAUUUCAAGGUGAUUACGAUAAUAAAUCUCAAAAAACUAACUCAAUUUCUCGUUUUAUGCAAGACUUUUAAAUCUAAGCCAAAUUUUCACUUGGAGAAAAAUUUGAAUUUAAAUGACAUAUCUGACAAAAUGGUUAGUGUGCUACGAUAAGAUUUAAAAAAAUCAUCAAGAACAAUGUAUUAUAAAUAUAAUAAUCAUUAAAUUAAGGAUAAUAUGUAUUUUGUAACGCGAUUUGUUUCUCGGUUUUUAUGAGAUGUUAAAUUAAAAUUUCAUACUAUUCUCGUUUCUUUAUGCUGUGCACAAAUUAUACGAUCGACGGCUUCGAUAUUGUAAUCAUUAGAUCUAAAAUGAAUUGUUAAAAUAUUGUGCAUAAUAAGUCAUAUCAGUAGUGUUGUUAGCGAAUGUCGAUGAUCGCUUGGCGCCGAGCGCUCGCCCCGCGCCAGCCCCGCGCGGCACAUCACACAACGUCACGUCAUGGCGACUCGCUGGUUAAGGCGAGAUGAGUCAUGGGAACCGGAUCAUUGCUAGCUCUCAACAAAUACCAGUUGAACGGUAUCCAUCGCUCUGCUCGUCUGGCCAGCGCACCCGCCAGCGAAGGCGCUAGCGCGGCCCCGAGCGCCGGCGGAGCC